AUGAUUCUCGUGCAUGUCGCUCUGCUUAGCGGUCAGACAGCUGCCUUUCGCGCAGCUUUGGAAUCCACAGUCGCAGACUUGAGAGACCGGGCACGGGAAGAAUUCCAAGUGGGCAUUGGAAGUCUGAGCAUCGGUGGCCGACUCCUGGAAUCCAAGCAAAAUCUCGAGGAGGUUGGUCUGGCAGACGGUGACACAGUCCACGCAACUGUCCAGCAAGCCUGUCUGGUGUCGAGUCACACUGCUAGAGCCUUUGCUCUCAUUCGUUCUGAUGGCCGGGUGCUGACGUGGGGCCACCCAGACACUGGCGGCAACAGUUCCAGAGUGCAGGACCAACUGCAUGGCGUGAAAGAAGUACAGACAACCGGGAGGGCCUUCGCUGCGGUUCUUGCUUCAGGCGGCGUCGUCUGCUGGGGUCACGAAGAGUUUGGUGGCAACAGCAGCAAGGUCCAGCCACUGCUGCGCGACGUUCGGAGACUCUGCGCCUCGGAUGGAGCUUUUGCUGCGAUCCUGGGUGAUGGCCGAGUGGCCGUGUGGGGAGACGAGUACUUUGGUGGCCAAUGCAGCGAAGCCGUGCGAGAACUCAGCGACGUAAUAGACAUUCAAGCAACCGAGCGGGCCUUUGCGGCUUUGUGCAGGAGCGGUCGGGUGGUGACCUGGGGUCGCAGCGAUUUGGGCGGCUGUAGUGACUCAGUCCAGAACCAGCUGCAGAGUGUGCAGGAAGUCAUUAGCUCGUCCGGGGCCUUUGCUGCAUUGCUUGCUGAUGGCCGAGUGGUUUCUUGGGGGCAUCCAUAUUUUGGAGGUGACAGCAGCUCGGUCAGCUCUGAAUGCUCUGAACUGACUCUGCAAUCUGUGCAAAGUGUUGAGGCAUCCUGCGGAGCUUUUGCGGCCAUCUUGCACGAUGGAUCUGUCGUGACCUGGGGUGCCCGGUACUAUGGUGGUGACAGCAGCAAAGUGCAUGCUGACUUGCACAAUGUACGUGAGGUGAGGGCUUCUGGCCGUGCGUUUGCUGCAAUUCGCCACGACGGUCGAGUCGUGACGUGGGGCGACAAGUUUUCUGGUGGCGACUGCGGCGCUGUAAGACAUGAUCUGCAAGAUGUGUUGCAAAUUCAGUCCUCUCAGAAAGCCUUUGCAGCCAUUCUUGGCAGUGGUCGCGUCCUCACCUGGGGAGAAGCCAGUUCAGGCGGUGACAGCAGCAGCGUGCAAGAAGAGCUUCAAAAUGUGCGCCAGAUCAAAGGCUCGCAGAGGGCAUUCGCAGCGAUCUGUGAGAAUGGUCGCGUGGUGUGCUGGGGUGAUCCUGAGUGCGGAGGCGACGGUAGAAUGCUGCAAGAACAGCUUCAGGAUGUGCACUUUCAGCGCUGUGGGUGA